GUGAGAGAGAGGGAGGGAGAGAGAGAGAGAGAGCGGGGCAGAGAGAGGGUUAACAGCAGUUACAGGACUGUGAUAACCUUCAGCUCUGGACAAAACCAGGAAGUGCCGUGAAAAGAGUGAGGAUAGCAAAGUUUUAGCAGGAAGUUUGUGUGCGAGUGACUGAGAGACGAGACGAGAGGAGAAGGCAGAGCGGAGCGGAGCGGAGGCUGAUCAUUGGGACCUCGAGACAAACUGAGCAUCAACACCGAGAUUGAUGGCAGCCACGGGCACAGGAGAGGCAGAACAGGCCAAGGUGGACCGAGUGCAAAAGUUACAGAGCGAUGUGGAAGGUGUGAAGAACAUCAUGACGGAGAAUGUCGACCGUAUCCUGGCUCGCGGGGAGAAGCUGGACGAUUUGAUGAACAAAACAGAGGAUCUUCAAGCCAGUUCAGAACACUUCAAAACCACCUCACAGAAGGUGGCAAGGAAAUACUGGUGGAAAAAUACGAAGAUGAUUAUCCUGAUUGUGGUGAUCGUGUCUGUCAUCCUCAUCCUCAUCAUCCUCUUCGCCACCAACGUCAUCAAAACCUGAGGAGGGGGCGGGU